UGCUAACACUAUAUUUUGUGUCUUCUAUUACAGGCUCUUAAAUCUGAUCUACAAUGGAAAAAUUUCUUUUUUAUUUGUUUUUCAUUGGCAUAGCAGUGAGAGCUCAGAUCUGUCCAAAGCGUUGUGUCUGUCAAAUUUUGUCUCCUAAUCUUGCAACCCUUUGUGCCAAGAAAGGGCUUUUAUUUGUUCCACCAAACAUUGACAGAAGAACUGUGGAACUGCGGUUGGCAGACAAUUUUGUUACAAAUAUUAAAAGGAAAGAUUUUGCCAACAUGACUAGCUUGGUGGACCUGACACUAUCCAGGAAUACAAUAAGUUUUAUUACACCUCAUGCAUUUGCUGACCUACGAAAUUUGAGGGCUUUGCAUUUGAAUAGCAACAGAUUGACUAAAAUUACAAAUGAUAUGUUCAGUGGUCUUUCCAAUCUCCAUCAUUUGAUAUUGAACAACAAUCAGCUGACUUUAAUUUCUUCUACAGCAUUUGAUGAUGUAUUUGCCCUUGAGGAGCUGGAUCUGUCAUAUAAUAAUCUAGAAACCAUUCCUUGGGAUGCUGUUGAGAAGAUGGUUAGCUUGCACACCCUUAGUCUGGAUCACAAUAUGAUUGACAACAUUCCCAAGGGGACUUUCUCCCACUUACACAAGAUGACUCGGUUAGACGUAACAUCAAAUAAAUUGCAGAAGCUACCACCUGAUCCUCUCUUUCAGCGAGCUCAGGUACUAGCAACCUCAGGAAUCAUAAGCCCAUCUACUUUUGCAUUAAGUUUUGGUGGAAACCCUUUGCAUUGCAAUUGUGAAUUGUUGUGGUUGAGGCGUCUGUCCAGAGAAGAUGACCUAGAGACCUGUGCUUCUCCUGCACUUUUAACUGGCCGCUACUUUUGGUCAAUUCCCGAGGAAGAGUUUUUGUGUGAGCCUCCUCUCAUUACACGUCACACGCAUGAAAUGAGAGUCCUGGAGGGUCAAAGGGCAACACUGAGGUGCAAAGCCAGGGGAGACCCUGAACCUGCAAUUCACUGGAUUUCCCCUGAAGGGAAGCUUAUUUCAAAUGCAACAAGAUCUCUGGUGUAUGAUAAUGGAACACUUGACAUUCUUAUAACAACUGUAAAGGAUACAGGUGCUUUUACCUGCAUUGCUUCCAAUCCUGCUGGCGAAGCAACACAAACAGUGGAUCUUCAUAUAAUUAAGCUCCCUCACUUACUAAACAGUACAAACCAUAUACAUGAGCCUGAUCCCGGUUCUUCAGAUAUCUCAACUUCUACCAAGUCAGGGUCUAAUGCAAGCAGUAGUAAUGGUGAUACUAAAAUGAGUCAAGAUAAAAUUGUGGUGGCAGAGGCAACAUCAUCAACGGCACUGCUUAAAUUCAAUUUUCAAAGAAAUAUCCCUGGGAUACGUAUGUUUCAAAUCCAGUACAAUGGUACUUUUGAUGACACCCUUGUUUACAGAAUGAUACCUCCUACGAGCAAAACAUUUCUGGUCAAUAAUCUGGCUGCUGGAACUAUGUAUGACUUAUGUGUCUUGGCCAUAUAUGACGAUGGCAUCACUUCCCUCACUGCCACAAGAGUCGUGGGUUGCAUCCAGUUUACUACGGAACAGGAUUAUGUGCGUUGCCAUUUCAUGCAGUCCCAGUUUUUGGGAGGCACCAUGAUUAUUAUUAUUGGGGGAAUAAUUGUAGCAUCUGUGCUGGUUUUCAUCAUCAUUCUAAUGAUCCGGUAUAAGGUUUGUAACAAUAAUGGGCAACACAAGGUUACCAAGGUUAGCAAUGUUUAUUCUCAAACUAAUGGGGCUCAGAUUCAAGGCUGCAGUGUAACACUGCCCCAGUCCAUGUCCAAACAAGCUGUGGGACAUGAAGAGAAUGCCCAGUGUUGUAAAGCUGCCAGUGACAAUGUGAUUCAAUCUUCAGAAACUUGUUCCAGUCAGGACUCCUCUACCACUACCUCUGCUUUGCCUCCUUCUUGGACUUCAAGCACUUCUGUGUCCCAAAAGCAGAAAAGAAAGACUAGCACAAAGCCAAGUACCGAACCACAGAAUGAAGCUGUCACAAAUGUUGAGUCCCAAAACACUAACAGGAACAACUCAACUGCAUUGCAGUUAGCUAGCCGACCUCCUGAUUCCACCACAGAGGAGCCCUCAUCUAAAAGAGCACAUACAAAGCCAAGUAAGUUUCUCACUUUGCCUGCUGAGAGAUCCAGAGCAAGGCACAGGUACUCCCUGAAUGGAGAAUUAAAAGAAUACUAUUGUUAUAUUAACUCACCGAACACAUGUGGACUAUUUUCUAAAAGAAGCAUGUCUAUGAAUGGGAUGUUAAUUCAGUCCAACAGUUGUGAUGGUCAUAGUGGAAAAGCAACUCUUUCAAAUUCUGAGUGGAUAUUGGAAAGCUCUGUGUAAUCUAUAUUUCUUUUAAAUGAAAAAUCAGUUUGAGAACUCACAUGGGCAAUUGGAAUUUGUAAUUCCAGUCUUGUCUCUCUGAUACAUGGCUAAUAGAGCCCAGGUUGUGUAUAAAUCUUCUAGGGUAUAUAUUUCAACAUAUGUAUAUAUAUAUGUUGGAAGGUAACAUCAAUAAAAUGGUUAAGGGGAAAAAAAAGCAUGAGAUAGCAGCAGUGCCUUUCCCUAUGCUAGGACCAACUUCUAGGUUCUGCAACAGCAAAUCACAAAAUGGAAGCUGUCAUAGGAAAAAAAAAAAAGUCUUACAUAAAAAUGAUAUUUUCUCCAAUUUUACAAAGGACCACCUAUGGAUAAUUGGUAUUUUUUAAUGAAUAGACUGACUAUUUUCUUUCAAUGGCAAUGGUUUUGCCUUUGUUUUUAGGAAAAUGUUGUAGAGAAAACCCCAUGUUGUUUUGUUAUUUAAAACAUAAUAGUCAAUUAGUAUACCCAGACAAUAAUAAAAUCAAUAUCUUUCUAAACAACAUCCUUGGUUCAGGUGCCUUAACAGUUCUAAGAUAUUUCUAAUCCAUGACACAGUUAUUUUCAGUGGAAAGAAGAAAAUGGCAUUUAUUUUUCAUUUAUCAAAAAUUCCAAUUAGUUUUAAGUCACAGACCACAAUUCCGUAUGCAUCUACAUGGACAUAUGAAAGUGUUUUCAUUCAUUUAAUACACAUUAGCUGAGUGAAUGAAUUUUAUAUGGCUCUUAAUGCAAGUUAAAGAGGGAGACAAAAAUACAAGACUUCUCUUGUAUCAAAGGGGUGCUCAUUUUUAUCACCAACUAAAAUUUUAAAAAAAACUAAAAACUUCUAAUGGAGUUCUCAUUACAUUUUUAAGUGAUAUAAAGUCAUUGCUCAUUAACCAGAUAGUGGCUUUUUUCUUUUUUGCACUAUACUUCUGCAUUUGAAUGUUUCUCUCUUAAAGUAAAUGCAUUUAUUAUUCUAACCAAAACCUGUGACAAAUUUAAUUAAAAAUCAUGCAGCUCAGUGAGAAUGCAUGGUUUUACAAAAGAAUUUUAAAUUUAGUCAGAAAAUAUUGUUCCUUGAUAAUAUGGUAUUCUUGGAAAUUCAUUAUAAUCAAGGUCUAUAGAUAAAUGUUCGUAUCUACUUGUUGAAAACUUAAUUAUAUGCUAACUUGAUAUUUUACUGGAGAUUCAUAAGUGGGGUUAACGUGAAGUGUGUUUUGUUUUGUUUUGAGAAUAAGGCUCAUGUGAGAACUUAGACACAUUACCUUACACAAAAGAACAUGAAAUUUUAGCCAUAAUAAGAUAUACUUUCCUGUCUUGUGUAAAUUACUACCUGGGAGUAAGUUAAACACACAGUAAAAGUUUAUUAACUCUUUCAGAUCACUUGAAAUACCAUUUAAAGCACAGAUGAGGAAUGUUGAAUCAUUAGUUUAGUUUCCGUCUUCUAGAAGCAUAUAAACAUUUAUAUAAGUUAAUUUUAACUUGACAGAGGAACAUCUUAUCAU